ACUAUGAAAUCUCUAGAGCUAUGUAUUGCAGUAUUGGACCCUAACACGAAACAUGAUAUUUUUAUAGUUGCUUAACCUGUCAUUAGAUUUUAAUUUAUAGAUCUGCUUAUUAUUAAAUAUGUCAUCAACCUGGUUUGGAAAGCAAGAAAAAAAACCCAGCUGGUUCCUCAGAUUUUGUUAUCAGGUAUUAAGAUCUGGAAAUAUACCUAAUCAUGUUGCUUUUAUCAUGGAUGGUAACAGACGCUUUGCUAAAAAUCAAAAUAUAUCCAGAAAAGAAGGUCAUUCAAAAGGUUUUGAUAUAUUAACUGAGGUACUGCAGUGGUGUUUUGAGUUGGGUAUAUCAGAAGUAACCGUAUAUGCUUUCAGCAUAGAAAAUUUCAAGCGAUCAUCAGAUGAAGUUGAAGCAUUAAUGAAUAUAUUUAAGGACAAAUUAGAAAAACUAAUGGAGGAAGAAGAAGCAAUUAUGAAGUUUGGCGUAUGUAUUAGAUUUGUUGGUGAUAUUUCUUUAUUUAAUACUGAAAUCCAAGAAGCUAUUGCUAAAGUUGUUAAUUUGACAAAAGACAACAAUAAGUCGUUUUUAAACAUAGCUAUGGCAUACACUUCAAGAGACGAAAUCACGAACGCCAUCAAAGAGAUUGCAGUUGGUGUCGAUAAUGGAAAGAUAAAAGAAAGCGACAUAACUGAAGAGCUUAUUGAAAAUUGUUUCUACACCAAUCAAUGUCAGCCAGUUGAUUUGCUUAUCAGAACAUCUGGAGAAGUGCGUUUGAGUGAUUUUCUAUUGUGGCAGACCUCCUUCUCAAUUCUCUGUUUUAUUGAUGUUUUAUGGCCAGCGUUAUCAGUAUGGGAUUUCUUCUAUUGUAUUUUAAGAUAUCAACUUGGAUUUAACACUAUGGAGAAUGCAAAAGAACUGACUAAACUAAAAGAGACGCGCACACAAAUGGACAACGAUUUAAAAAAUGCUCAUCGGGAAUUAAAGAGAGCCAACAAAGAAAACGAUAAAGAAGCGUUAAAUGCUCGCCUUAUAGAAUAUACCACUGAACGUAAACAGAGGACUGAGCUGUUUCUACAGGAUUUGAAUGAAAAAAGACUAAAAAAUAUUCUAGCACAUUUGAAAACAUAAUGGAAAUUUAUUGGAACCUAAAAAAGUGUCACUUUUAGUUGCAAUGCUGUUUUCAAUAGGAUACUAUGCACUGACUGAAUCAAUUUCGGUAUUUUUUGAUUAGUGACACAUGACAAUUAACUGAAUUAGCCUUCAAAGUUACAACUUCGCGAAUUCGACCCUAUUUACAAAAAUAAAUGUAUACCGGAAAACUUUCUUGAUGCAUUUUGAUUUUUUAAAGGCGAACCAGUGUGAAAAGGAUCGUUCUUUUAGAAGUCGUUUUCAUUAAAGAGAAAGUGUGUCAAUUUUUUUAAAAAAAUUUUGCCAUCUGCAAAAGUUAUUAAUUAUGACGUAUUCGCAAAAAAUUAUGCUUGUUAACUGCAAAAAUUAUGAUGUGAAAAAAAAUUAUGCUUGCUAAAUGCAAAAGUAAUAAUGAUUUUCUUCCUAACAAAAAUGUAAAUGCAAAAUUUUUGUGAUCUUAAUGUACAUGUUAAAUUCAUUAAUAAUGUAUUUUGUAUUAUAUAGCUACAAUAUUUUCAUCGAUUACUCUACUUUUUGAAAAGAAAAAAAAUAUUGUGACCUGUGACGUAUUGAGACCUUCAUCGCUAUAUAUUAUCGCAUAUUACCUUAUCAAACUAUGUUUACUAUGUAAAGUUCAUUGUAAAGAAUUAUAUAAAAAUAAUUAUAUACAUAUUAUGGAAUAAAAUAUUAAAGUCAAAA